CUUAUGUAAUAUCCCCUGGGACCUAGUACCUGGGACGGUACCUGGGUCCUGGUACUUCUGGCGUCACCUGGGUGAAAGAAGAUAAUUGUUCAAGAUGAACCAGGAUGAACCUUCUACUGUUCUCCUUCUUAAAAAGUAGUGAACAAUAUUUAAACAAGAAGCGUUCCCUGCCUGCAGCUGCGAUCGAUGACUCGGCGACUCGGCACGUUGUGGUGAACCGGCGCGAAGGGUUGCCAAAUCAGGUCGAUCAGCUAGCUUUGUGAACAAGUCUUCCGCAGUCUCUCAGGUUUAUCGAUGUCGAGACAAGGUGGAAAGCUGAAGCCUUUGAAGGCGCCAAAGAAGGAUCAUAAGGAUGAAGAUGAAGAUGAUAAGGCCUUCAAGGAGAGGAAGAAGGCCGAAGAAGCUGCUUUGAAGGUUGCGAGGGAUAAAGCUGUCAAGGGUGGUGCUCCUGGCGGCGGAAUCAAGAAGUCAGGAAAGAAAUAGAAGGUUUUGGACAAGUUUCGGAUGACACACCGUCUUCAACUAACCCAAUCACUUAACAUCUCUUGUAUGAUCAAUCUUCCCUGAUUAUAUGCUCCAACUCGGAAGAAUGAAGGCCAAUCCAUCCAGUCUUAGAUGCAAUCAUGAAUCAAUUGACUUGUAAGGUCCCUAUUUGUUCCUUGCUGCCCUGAGUCUCUUGCUCCCCCUUCCUUUGUCAUUAU